UACUGUUGAGACUGAUAUGAAAUGUGAACCGUAUUUUGGUGCGUGACGGCAACCCUUGCCUUCCGUGCACAAGGCCUACCGUGCUUUGAGUAUAUGCGUGUGCGUAUUUGAUCUCUGUCCUUUGCCUUUAGCCUUUAGACUCUUAGUGUAGGAUUCAAGCUCUUGAGAUGGCUACAGGGCCUGACUCAGAUGAUGACAAACGGCUGAAAUUUGGAAAUCGUCUCUUAACAGAUCCUCAAAAUGUGUUUCAACAUAACGCAUGGGACAAUGUUGUGUGGGAUGAAGAACAGGAAGCUGCAGCAAAGAAAAUCACUGAAAAGCAGCUCGAGUGUUUGGCUCAACCAGAAAAGAAAGAGGAAUAUGAGAGUAAAGCUGAUGAAUUCUGGAACACUUUUUAUAGCCAGCAUCAAAACAGGUUCUUCAAAGACAGACACUGGCUGUUCACUGAAUUUCCGGAGUUGUACGGCAGAAAGGAUUGUGAUGAUAACAAUGACUCUAAUGACAGUCUCUGUAAACCUCAAGAUGGAGAAAAUACAUCAGGUAGCAAUACCACUGUAUCGUCGCCCCAGCAAUCCUCAGGAGAACUGGAUGAAUCAUGUUUGAGUACAGCUGUAGACAAAAAAUGUUCAUUGGUAGAUGGGGCAACUGCACCAUGUGAUGACUAUCCUGUCAACUUUUUGGAGGUUGGCUGUGGUGUUGGUAACACAGUGUUUCCUCUUCUGAAUACCAACAAAAAUCCAAACCUGAUGGUGUACUGCUGUGACUUUUCCAGUACUGCUAUACAGAUAUUAAAGGAACACCCUGAUCAUGACCAGAAGAGAUGCUGUGCUUUUGUCUUGGACAUUACAGAAGAAAACCCAGAAGUUCCAUUUCCCACUGAGAGUCUAGAUAUUAUCAUUAUGAUCUUUGUUUUGUCUGCAGUUUGUCCAGAGAAAAUGCAAGCAGCAGUCAAUCGCCUGGCAUCCUACUUGAAACCAGGGGGCACCAUAUUGUUCAGAGACUAUGGACGUUAUGACAUGGCACAACUGAGAUUUAAACAAGGUCGCUGCUUGUCAGAAAAUUUCUAUGUGCGUGGUGAUGGAACCCGAGUCUACUUUUUCACACAAGGUGAAUUGCGAAACAUGUUUCUGAAGGCUGGCUUACUGGAAAAGGAAAAUCUAGUUGACAGACGAUUGCAGGUGAACAGAGGUCGACAACUGAAAAUGUAUCGUGUAUGGAUACAAUGCAAAUAUAUAAAACCAGUGAACCCUGUGUCAUAGUCUGCUUUAUGUUUCUUUGCUUGAUGAUUCAAAUUUUUAUUGCGAUGCAAAUAAAAAAAGCGUCCGUUCUUUA